UCGGCCUCCUUGAUGGCUCGGACGGAACGGAUCUAGUGGAAUGUGGAAUCUGGAAAUAAACACAACAUUUGACACCGCAAAUGCUGUCACAAAUGUAAUUUCCUAACUUUGAAAAGAAACAAAUACGAUGGGGUCACAAUCAAGAAAUCCUAACUACCCCAAAGAUGCACAGGUGAUAAUGUCGAUGUUAAAAGACAUGGGAGUACAGGAUUAUGAACAGAGAGUGUUGAAUCAAUUGCUGGAAUUCACUUACCGUUAUGUAACAUGUAUUUUGGACGAUUCAAGAGUUUAUGCUACUCAUGCAAAGAAGAAAACUAUUGAUCUGGAUGAUGUUAAACUUGCUGUAAAUAUGCAGCUUGACCGCUCAUUCACUACACCGCCCCCACGAGAGAUACUAUUGGAGGUAGCAAGGUUGAAAAACAGUCAGCCUUUACCUGUGGUGAAGCCAAGCUGUGGCAUCAGGUUACCUCCUGACCGCUAUUGCUUAUCAUCUGUCAACUAUAAGCUACGUAACAACAAAAAGGCAUUAACUUCUGCUCCAUCUGGCCCACUUGGCCGCCUUGGGAACUCAACAAGCUUUAUUCAAAGCCCCCUUGGGGUGACAAGUGCAAUUAAACUCCAAACCAGUAAAGGCCAAACUGCAACCUUAACUGGGGCUAAGAGAGGAAAUAUGUUGGCAACUGUGGCACGAACCCAAUCAAUAACCAUCCCAAAACCGGUCAUAAAGUUUUCUCAAGGUGCCAUUACAGCCAAAGCCAAGCCCAAAAUUCAGAUUGCUCAGACACCAGGAACUAUCACAACAUUACAGAUUCCUAAAUCAGAGCCCCAAGACACAAGUGUGGGCUCAGUUACCAGCAUCAUGACAGGAGUAAAGAGACCACGUGAGGAUGAUGAUAUAGUAUCAUAAAUAUAUAAAUGAAAGGAACAGCAUGUUUCUAAAGUUUUAUGUUAAAGAUUUUUUUUUUUAUUUAAUAAAAGACUUAACUCUAAAAAAGAA